AAGGCAGAGGUGGAUUCCAACACGAUCAUGACUUUGCGUUCAAAGCUCAACAUCACAGAGAACAGGCUGAAGGAGGCUCUUGAGACGAUCCCGGUUCUUGAAGAAAAGCUGCAGCAGGCUCAAGAAUACGCAGAAAAAGCCACCAAGCAGGUGACAGCCCACGUGACGGAGUACAAGGGAGAGAAGCCACCUGGGGACUGGCCACAGGAGUACAGGGGAGAGAAGCCGCCUGGAGGCUGGUCGACACAAGUUGAAAAGUCAGAUGCAGCUACACAGACACACCUAGCGGAUGAUUUUGGUACUACAGGGGGAUCUGGAGAUGUGGGCGACAAGCUUGGAGAAGACCCGACUGCAAAGAAAGAAGACAAAACAGCUGCAAGGCAAGACUCUGGCAGUGGGGGCGAUGGAAGAGAGGAAUUUCUCGGUACAGAGGCACCCGAGCAAGAGCGACACACAGCGAGGAUAGCAGGAGCGGCAGCUGGCUCUACUGGGGACUUGAAACCGAGUGUGGUCACUUUUGGUGGGGAAGGAUCAAAACCUGGAAAGUUUCAGUACCCAUGUGGCGUUGUGGUGUUGCCUAGCGACGAGAUAUUCGUGGCUGACUACUGCAACAAGCGAGUCCAAGUCCACAGCACGGAGGGGGUUUACCUGCGCCACUUCCCAACAGUUGUACCGGGUACAGGGGAUAAGGACAUGGAGCCACUUGAUGUUUGUAUGGACGGUAACGGCACGCUGUGGGUAGUGGGGCGGGGAGAGACAGCUGAGCAUGUUGUACAGUACAGCACGGACGGGACCGCCAUGGCGGGGUUUGAUCUGAAGAAUAGCUCUUAUUACCGUGGUAUUGCAGUGGACAUGCGCACUAACCAAAUCCUGGUGACUGAUCGAGACAAAGGUGCAGUUCAGGUGUUCCGUCCGGACGGCUCCCUGGUGCGGACAGUCCGGCACCCACGGGGUGAGAUGACACGCCCACAUUACGUCACUGUGGACCGGGAAGGGAACAUUCUUGUGUCGGACUGGGACACUCACUUUGUCUACGUGUAUGAUGAGUCCGGGAAGUUCCUGUUUCAGUUUGGAGGUGAGGGAAGUGGUGAAGGUCAGCUGAGUGAUCCCCUCGGCAUCUGUACAGACAGCUCGGGGUACAUCCUCGUGGCGGACUAUGGGAACGAGAGGGUACAGAUCUUCACACGUCACGGCGAGUUUGUCCGGACCGUCCGUACUGGGUCUAACCCGGAAGGUCUGGCUGUGGGACCGGAAGGGCAGCUGGUUGUCAUCAAUUCUUUGAACAAUACUGUGACUGUCUAUCCCAACUAUUAGUCAUACUGCACUUUGGAGAAGGCUUUUAUUUUGUUUCUUGGCCUCUACUGCACACGCUCUGUACAGCCCCUGGACGAGAGUGUCUUUUUUCCA